UUUAAGAAUCAAAUACUAUUAUCAUUUUAAGUUUUUCAAAAUUCAUGUUGCUAAUUAUUUUGCCUAAAGUUUGCACCAGUUUUGACUCCCACCAACAACAUACAAAAUGUGAUUUCUUUGCAUUCAAAUUAGUGCUUACUGUCAUUUUUCUGAUUUUUAAUAAUUUAUAAAUUACAAAAUGGAGUAUUUACUUUUCUCUCUAACUUUUUCUUUGGAAAAAUUUCAAAGUUAUAGAAAAGCUGGAAGAAUAAUAUAAUGGACACCCAUAGAUCCUUCAUCAGAUUUGCCAACUUUUAAGUUUUUGCCACAUUUGCGUUCUCUGUCUCUAUUUACAUACUCACACGUAUGUGUGUAUGUAUAUACACAUUUAUUGUUAUAUUUCUGAACUAUUUGAAAAGAAGUUUUAGACCUCAUGACAAUUUACCCCUCAAUGCAUCACUUAAGAAUAAGAAUAUUCUUUUACAUAACCACACUAUCUUUACCACACCUUAAAAAAUUAACCAUAAUUUCAUAUUAUCAAGUAAUAUCUAGUCCAUAUUCACAAAUCCACAAUUGUCCAAAUAUAGUCUUUUCUAAUUGAUUUUUAAAAAAAUAGUACAGGAUUAAAUAAAGCCCAUUCACUUACUGCCUUUAGCUAUUUGGUCUCUUUAGUCUCCUUUACCAAAACAGUCCCCUGCCACCAUCAUGACACUCUGCUUUCUUUCGUGACAUUGAAAAUUUUCAAGUCUAGGUCACUUGAAAAACCUUCUGUUUGUUUUCAAAUGUGCAUGACUAUGCUUGAUUUUGCAGGCUCAGAUUAUAAAAUUAUAGGUUUUCAGAAGCACAUGUAUCAGCAACUGUAACAAAUUUUCAUUUUCGGCUAUUGGUUAAUCAGAGCUAGACACUGGAUCUCCAGUUGGGCACCAGAUGUUUUUACUGACGAAAAAGAAAAAGCAUUCAGAGCUUUUAAAUCUUACAUUAUUACUUUGAUCAUAUAAGGAAUAAUAGCGACAUUUCAUUCUCUGAAAAUUAUGGCAAGGGUUUUCCUUCAUAUUGACACAAUAUAUUAUUCAAUGAAUCGGUUAGUAUAGAACCAGUUUGAAAGCCCUGAAAAUACAGUGACAGCCAAGAAGGAUAUUUUGAAGUUUGAAAUGAUCCCUAUAUAAAUAGAACGGAUCCGCAUAACUUUGGGAUAAAAUUAGCCGACAGUUUGUGGCUCUCCAGCAUGUGCCUGUUUGCUUGGUGCCGCUCUCCUGAUAAACCACAACAAAGCUCAGAGGGAGAGGAAGGAUGGACGGUGCGGCUGCCCCGAGGACGAAAUCUGCAGCUGCCAAGCUAGUUAAGAGAAAUUUCCUUGAGGCUCUAAAGUUAAACGACUUCGGAAAAUUGAAGGCCAUUUUAAUCCAAAGGCAAAUAGAUGUGGACACGGUUUUUGAAGUUGAAGAUGAGAAUAUGGUUUUGGCAUCUUAUAAACAAGGGUACUGGUUGCCUAGUUAUAAAUUAAAGUCUUCCUGGGCAACAGGCCUGCAUCUCUCUGUCUUGUUUGGUCACGUGGAGUGUCUUCUGGUGCUACUGGACCACAAUGCUACAAUCAACUGUAGGCCUAAUGGGAAAACCCCUCUUCAUGUGGCUUGUGAAAUGGCCAACUUGGAUUGUGUUAAGAUCCUCUGUGACCGUGGAGCAAAGCUCAAUUGCUAUUCCUUAAGUGGACACACAGCUUUACACUUCUGUACAACUCCAAGCUCCGUUCUCUGUGCCAAGCAAUUGGUCUGGAGAGGGGCAAACGUGAACAUGAAGACCAACAACCAGGAUGAGGAGACGCCUUUGCACACGGCUGCCCACUUCGGCCUCGCGGAGCUGGUGGCCUUCUACGUGGAGCACGGGGCCAUAGUGGACAGUGUGAACGCCCACAUGGAGACCCCAUUGGCUAUUGCAACCUACUGGGCCCUCCGCUUUAAAGAGCAGGAGUACAGCAGGGAUCACCACCUCGUCUGCCGCAUGCUGCUCGACUACAACGCCGAGGUCAACGCCCGGGAUGACGACUUUAAAUCUCCGCUCCACAAGGCAGCCUGGAACUGUGACCACGUGCUCAUGCACAUGAUGCUGGAAGCUGGUGCCGAAGCCAAUCUCAUGGAUAUCAAUGGCUGUGCUGCCAUCCAGUAUGUGCUGAAGGUCACCUCUGUGCGACCUGCCGCCCAGCCUGAGAUCUGCUACCAACUGCUAUUGAACCAUGGGGCUGCCCGAAUAUACCCUCCCCAGUUCCAUAAGGUGAUACAGGCUUGCCAUUCUUAUCCCAGAGCAAUCGAAGUUGUAGUCAAUGCCUAUGAACACAUCAGGUGGAACGUAAAGUGGAAAAGAGCUAUCCCUGAUGAUGACUUGGAGAGACACUGGGAUUUUUACCAUUCUCUCUUCACUGUGUGCAGUAACUCUCCAAGGACUCUCAUGCAUUUAUCGAGAUGUGCCAUUCGAAAAACAUUACACAGCAGAUGUCACAGAGUAAUUCCUUUGCUUUCCCUCCCAUUGUCAUUGAAAAAGUACUUGCUUUUAGAGCCGGAGGGAAUCAUUUAUUAAGUUUUAUGAGACAGAAGUUUCCAAUCCUAGAUAUUUAAGUGGACUCACUGGGUAGACACAGUUUGCGUAAAUAAAAUGGUACUUGGGUUGAUUAUAACACUUCAGGGAUUUUAAAACUCUUUACAAACACAAUGUCAUUAAUCCUAGAGUAUCAUGGUGAGGAGAAACAAACAAGAAGUAAAGUUAAGAUAUUCUUAGAGACAAGAGUGUGUCCAGAAAGUACUGAAAUAACAAUAAUAACUGAUAUGUAUAGUGCUCUUGCUAAGUGCCUGAUAUAUUUUUGUAAAAAUUUUCAUAUAUUAUCUCAUUUGAAAAGGGACCCAGAUUUUCUUACAACCAGUCUCAUUCGCUCUCUUAUCAGUAACAAGUUUACAUUACCGUUCAGUUGGCAAAAUAGCAGCCUUUGUGAUCGGCCUCUUAAUCUUGGUGUCUUCCCCAGUUCCCACUUUGCAGAAAUUACUGUUGCUAGUUUCGCAAACUCCUAUCCCCACACCAAGCUCUUCAACUUAGAUUUAUUGAAGAAAGCACAUGCACAUAAUCAAAACAAGGAGAUCUUUGAGUCAAAUUAGAAAUGCAAACAAAGACCAGUCCACUUAACAAUCGACAACGGACAUUUCAACACUCUCUCCUUGAGCCAGAGACUGGAGAUGCAACCAUGAGUCUGAAGCAACUCCUGCCCUCCAGGGGCUCACCAUUUUGCAGAGGAUCCGGACACACAAGCAGGGACCUGCCGUGUCAGAUGUCAGGGGCAAGAGUACAGGUGCAGACUCGUUCUUAGUGCUUGCCUUUCAAAGUCACGUUUCUGACACGAGGUCUGGUUUUCUUUUAAGCCUGAAGAUGAAGAGUGAAGGGAUUGUGUGACGUAGAGGGAUCUCCUGCUGCUGCAAGCGUAAAUGUGUUCACUUGAAAUCUCUCCGCACAUCUAAGUGUUGUUUUAUUUUAGUAUGAUUUCCUGUUUAGUGCUUUCCCAGACUCCUUGGGAAGAGUAUUGCACACUCAGUGGCUCCUAUAUAUGUGACAAGAACGUUUAAAAAAAUGCGUGCAAAGAAGUGUGCAAAGGGAAAGACUUAAGUUGAUGACUUUGGUCUUUUUGUGUAACAGACAGACAUUUCAGAGCAUUUUAGCCAGAAGACAAGGAGCACUUUGCUAGCAAUGGCUGGCUCCAGAAAAAGAAAGACUUUUUGAAAAUGGUGAAAGUUUGAGAAACUUGGAAAGAUAAGUGUGUUAAUCAGGCUUGUUAGUAGUUUGCAGAAAGAGAAAUGUAGAUGCUUAACCUCUGGACCUCCUGGUUUAUGAGGCCCACUUUGCUUCACUUUUUGUUCUUGCUAAUCGCUGUUAGAUAAGCUCAUUGCCUCUUAGCAUUGCUUCUAGCAGUUAGAGCAGCAGUAAUUAAGCACAAACAAAUCUAUUUGCCAGUUGUGAGCAGGUUUCUUUUAUCUGUGUAGUUCUCCAUCUUACUUAACUUUAGAUGCUUGAGUUUUGAGUAGAGAUGAUGUCAAAUAUUCCACAAGCCUGCCACCUAGACUACGCUAAACUGGGAUUCUCAUAGUCCCAAUGCUGUGUAGGAAAAAUCAUAGGUGGAUACCAUAAUCUUUCUGAAGUAUCAGUUUUACUCAAAUAUUUUGGGAGAAAUAUUUUGCACUAAAACAAGAUCUAUAUUAUGGAAUAGAAUAUUGGUGUUUGUAUGAACUAUUCAUAUAAAACAUGAUCCUUCAAAAAAUAGUUUGCUUGUAAGAAGUUGCUAAAGCACAUCCUAGAAUACUGGGUAGAGGUGUAUGUUGCCCUCCACCUUCAGGAAUAUUGUGGCAGAAAAGUUUGUUUGCAGACUUAGGCAAUAAAACUGAUACUGGAGACAAAGUGAGAGGAUAUUUCUUGCAUGGGGAAAUAUUGUUUCUCAGUCUGUUUAUGCUUAAACAUUUUGUGUUAACCUAGGACGCAACUACUUGUGUUGAAUUGUUUAUUCGUGGAUUUAAAGUUAUCUAACCCCAUCUCUGAAUUUUUAUUUAGAGAACUUAAAUAAAGCUCUUCUAUUUUAUUUCA